GAGUUAAAUUUGAGAUACAAGUGCCAUAACACUUUUUCAUUUAGUAGGCUUGGAACCUUAAGAACCAAUAUAAAAUUAACAGAGUAUGGAAAGGUCUUUUAACUUUCAUGGUGCUUCCUCCCUAUCUUGUUUUAGAGCUGGGAAAUGUUUUUCUUUUUUGGAAAGGGAAAAGCUUUGGGAAGAGGCCUUUAGCCCAAGUUUUUAUGUGACAAUUACAAAUAGGAACCCAUAGUUACUUAAUUUUUAGAUGACAAUAACUCAGCUGUGGAAGCCUUCCUCUGCUAUUCCCAUUCUCUUUUACAAAUCUAGCUUUGUUUUUUUUGAUCUUACUCCUUUGUAACUAUAUUUUUGAUAUUUUGAUUAGUGGUGCCAUAAGAGAUUUCUUUGUACAUAUAUGCUUUAUAAUAAAUUUACAUUUGUUGACCUAUCUUUCCAGAAGCCUAUGGAAACUAGUACAACUCUUCUGAACUUAUUUGGUUUCUCAUCAGAAUCCUUUGGGGCAACUAGAGAACUGGAGUCAUCAACUGAAGUAGAACUAGAAGACUGACAGAAAAGGCAUAACGGAAGUGAGGAACUCAGAAGAUAGGGUAGCAGUUUAAGAGAUGGUGAUUCCGAAGGAAUUGGGAGCACCUUCAGCCCCAGAGAUGUCACAGACUGCUUCGUAUAAACUCAGUUUCAUCACCUUACCUAUUUUUCAACUUUGCCUUUUCUCCUCAAGAAUCCUUUAUGAAGACAACAGAAGUCAGGCAGGGUGGAUGCAAACUCAUUUAAUAAACCCUCACAGUCAAAGCUGGAACAGAGAUGUUUCUAAAGGGAUCAGAAAAUUAGUAAAUGCAAACCAUGGAUGAAAGUUAUAAGAUUGCUUCCACAGAAAGGAUCCAGUUGUUGGAAAAAGAACUGGCUGUACAAUUGACAGAACUGAAGUCUGAGACACAAGAACAGGGGACUCUUCAGGGGUCAACUCAUCGAGCUUACAGAGCUUGUGUCUUUUUUCCAUCAAAACCAAGACAUAGGGGUUCCCUGGUGGCGCAGUGGUUGAGAGUCCGCCUGUUGUUGCAGGGGACACGGGUUCGUGCCCCGGUCAGGGAAGAUCCCACAUGCCGCGGAGCGGCUGGGCCCGUGAGCCAUGGCCGCUGAGUCUGCGCGUCCGGAGCCUGUACUCUGCAACGGGAGAGGCUACAACAGUGAGAGGCCCGCGUACCGCAAAAAAAAAACAAAAAAAAACAAGACGUGAGGAGAUAAGGGAAGGCAUUAUUCCAACUGCAGUUGUGAAUUCAACACAAAUGGAUCAAGCUUAGCCUCACGUGGCUGAGGGACCUCCUGACUGUCAGCCUGGUGUUCUUUUCACAGGACCACUGCCUCCAGUGAGGUGGCUGAGUCAAAACCCCUUGUUAUUCAAGCAGAUGUCAUGCAGAGGGAGCUAGAGAGCUGCCUAAGGAGAGAGUACACUCCUGAAAAUUUACCUUUGCUUCUGUUGCAGUAUUAUACAGCGAGAAUUACCCAGCUGGCCCAGAGUAAAUAUUUACACAUGCUUAGGUGGAAGAGAUUUUGCCAUCACAGUAAGAUCAUGGAGCAACUUUAUCCUUUUUAUAAAAAGAAACAAGUUGCCUACAUUAUGCAGGAGUACAAUGUUGCCCUUCAGAGAGCUGAUAGAUUGUCUGUUGCAGGAGAAAACUUCCUUAUGGGAAAAAACAAUCCUCCUAACUUAGUGGCACAGGAAGACCUGACUGUUUACACAAAUUAGUUAUUGUGUCACCUACCCUCACUCAAGACUAUUCACCACUACCUGCAGGCCCUCCAGUAUUUGCCCAUCUCCAAAGUGCUGAGUGUAGCUGUUGAUGAAGUCCCCAAUGUUGGUCAGGAAAAUGAAAAGGUCCCUGUCAAUGACGUUGACCCUAACAUCCAGGGUUCUGUAUCUCCAGGCUCUAUGAAUACCAGCGUUUCAGGGCCAACAAGAACAGAAGCUGCUUUCUUUCUGCCCCAACACACAACAGAAACAGAAGAACUGAAACCUCAGCUGAGGCUCCUGCUCUCCCAUUUCAGUAUCCCAUAUGACAUGGAAGAGCUAAGGGAUGCUUCUAAGGAGAUAGAACUUUUUUCCUUGAUUUCCAACCCUGAGAGAGUAAUGCAAGUACUCCAAGAUCAUGCUGCAAAAACAGUCUCGCUGGCUUCGUCUCAUCCAACAUUUGUGGCUUCCCAGGGUUUGCAUCAGGGCAACUAUGACCAAAUCUGGGAGACUAUUUAUAGCAACAUCAACCUCUACCAGAAUGAAAACAUGAAGGAAGAUGAUCUUUCAGUGGAACGAGAUGAAAAUGACCCAGCACAAAUAAGUCUUAGCCAGUGUGCUAAUGAGCCUGUCAAGCAGAAGAAAGAGACAGGGUACAGUUAUGCAGUGGCCCUACAACUGCUGGGCUUGGAUGACGGGACUGGGCCCAUUGAUAGAGAUCCUGUCCUGAUGAGGGGGACCUACUUGUCCUUUCUGUAUCUGCGCCACCUGAGGAUCAGGGAGCUGCAGCACAUCUGCUUAGGAAUUCUGAACUGUUUUAGAUCUGUUGAGCGAACACUGACGAUCAACACUUCAGGCCUUACCUUGAUUGCAGGGAGUCUGGUCCCCACCUCAGAAGAUAGUUUCUGGGUAAAUGUGGCAAAAGGAGGCGUGGGCACCUCGCAAGGCCUAAGUGCUCACCACUGUGCCCAUGGGACAUCUGCCGAGCACAAGGUCACAAAGAGGGCAGCGAGUCAAAUGUUGACCAGGACUGGGGAUGGGCCCAUGCAGGUAUGGACAGAUUUGCUGUGCUGUAUGACAUGUGGACUUGGGAAGCAACUCUUCUAGAAAACAAGCGCCAGGUAUUUUUACCUAGAAAACAAAACAUUUAUUGAACAUUCUUAUAAACCCCAAUAUA